AUGAUCACGGUGACCUAUGGUUUCCGGUCUCAUCAGGACCUACGAAUCGACGGUCUCCGCAAAGUCGACGGUCUCUGCCAGACUUCAAAGACCGUCCAAGACCAUAAGGGGGAUAAGAAGUCUGCAAAAUCAGCAGGUACUGGCAUUUUACAUGAUUCAAAUAACUGGGAAAUGCUGGUAGACCUUGGGAAGAAGUUAAAGUUCCCAGAGGAAGUUACCCACACAUCCCUCCGGCCAGAUAUAGUAAUGUUGUUAAGGUCUCCGAAGUUGAUGGUGAUGGUAGAACUCACUGUUCCUUGGGAAGAGAGAGUAGAAGAGUCCCAUGAGAUCAAGAAGGGGAAAUACCAAGACUUGGCAGACACGUGUAAAGAAAGAGGAUGGAAGACAUGGGUCUUCCCAGUAGAAGUUGGUUGCAGAGGCUUUCCAUCACAGUCAGUUUGGAAAAUGCUGGGAGCAGUGGGCAUUAAAGGGGGAGCCCGGAAUACAGAAGCACAUGCUCUUGGCAAAGCUGCAGAGAGAGCGUCCAGUUGGCUCUGGCUAAGACGCAAUGAACCAACCUGGCAGCCAUCGUAUACGAGGUAG